AAAUUUAUAUUUGCUUCGUUUGAUAUACAUUUCUGAACUUUAAAUCAAGAAGUUUUUCUUUUGAAGUGUUUAGUUUUAUUUGGAUAGAUCAUCUUUCUUUUUCUUUAUAUUUUGCUUGACUGUAUUAGAAGAAUGACAAUCUCGGAAGAAAUGGCCACAGAAUUGGCAAAUAAAAAAGCUGAGCGCGAAGCUCUGCGCGGCGUUAUUCAACAAUGGAACGCUAAUAGAUUGGAUUUGUUUGAACUCUCAGAACCAAAUGAGGACUUGGAAUUUCAUGGAGUAAUGAGAUUUUAUUUUCAAGAUAGUGGUCAAAAAGUUGCAACGAAAUGUAUUAGAGUAGCAUCGGAUGCAACAAGUCAAGCGGUCAUCGAAACUCUUAUUGAAAAAUUCCGUCCAGAUAUGCGAAUGCUUUCAGUUCCAGAAUAUGCACUUUAUGAAAUUCAUGAAAAUGGUGAAGAACGUAAGCUUGGAUUUGAGGAGAAACCAUUGUUAGUGCAAUUGAAUUGGCACAUCGAUGAUCGCGAAGGACGUUUUUUGUUAAGAAGAAUCGAUGAUAAGACUAACGCUCAAGGUGUUGGUUUUUCUUCUUCAGAUGGAUCUAGUUUUCGUAGAAAAUUGAGUAAACGUGAAAAGAAACAAAUGAAAAAACAAGAAAAACUCAGUCGUUUAAAGAGUUUAGAACAAGAUGAGAAUAGUAUACCCGUUGAUCAAAAUGGAGUAGCUGAAAAACUUUAUACAGAGUUACCUGAAACGAGCUUUACCAGAAGUAUUUCAAAUCCAGAAGCUGUGAUGAGAAGGCGACGUCAACAAAAAUUGGAGAGAAAAUUGCAACAAUUUCGCAGUAAAGAUGGUGGUCCUGAUACUGGAGGAACAUUGAAGAUUUAUGGUGAAGCACUUUGCAAAGAUGUUCCCUAUAAAACUUUGCUUUUAAGUGUUCGAGAUUCAGCAGUUCAAGUCGUACGAGAAAUGCUUUCCAAAUAUGGCUUAGAGAAAGUUGAUCCACAACAAUAUUGUCUUGUACAGGUAAAUAGUGAGAAUAAUCUUAAUGGAGGAACCCAACAAGAAUAUAUAUUGGACGAUGACGAAUGUCCUUUAGCUAUUCUUAUGAAUCAUUCUUCUACUCGCGGUUCUAUUAUGUUUCACGUGCGAAGAAGACCUUCUGAUUAUGUGCCUCGGAAACGCAAGAAAAAACCAAGUGGCAAAUGGAAUGAAUUAGAUUGCAGAUACGAAGAUGAAAGAUUACCUUUUUUACUGGAAUUGAAUCCUGAUGGUAGUGAAAUUCCAAACGGUACCGGUGUACGACAUCGGUUACAGCCAAACGUGACGGAAGUGGGCUCAGAAAGACCAAUAGGUCCGCAGGCAGUUCAAGCUCAAACUCUCACUUUGACAGGACCAACGGUUAUGCCGAGGCACUGUGUAAUUGCAUUUACUGAAAAUAUUGUCACUCUUACACCUUGUUCCAGGGAUGCUCAUACUUAUGUAAAUAAUCAGAGGAUACAUCAAACAACAAUACUUCAGAAUGGAGCAAUCGUGAAAUUUGGUAGACUGCAUACUUUUAAGUUCAUCGAUCCAACACCUGAUGAACGUAUUAGACAACGACAUGAUUCUGGAAAACAAAUUGAAUACAAUUAUGAUCGCCUGCUUUUGUACCGUAGACGCUCCCCAGACUUGGCCAAUCAAGAAACGAACAUGGAAAGAUACGGAUCAGUAUCUGGAACUUCAAAUAAUGGACAAAAUCAAAUUCAAAUUCAGAGCCAAUCAAUUCAGGAUCAAGUUAUUCAUUCAUCUAGUCCAAACAAAUCUACACCCAUUCCUGUUGCUGCUGUUACUACUGUUUGUCAUACUCGAAGUCCAACGCAUGCAUUGGAAUCAACACAUAAUUAUGAAACUACAUUUGAUCUCGAUGGAAACGUUGAGACUGCCAGUCUUACCAGUAGCAGAGAUGGUAACAGAACAUUACAGAAUGAUCGACAACCACGAGGAACGGACCCAAUCUUACCAGCUGUAUUAGAAUUUCUUGAAGAAACGGAAGAAACAUUUUUUCAUGCAGUAAUUACAGAUGUUGAACCAUCAGCACCUCAAUUUAAAUUGGCUCCAACAUAUACGCUUUACCUGGCAGCAAGAUAUCGUGCAAGCACACAUUAUAGGCCAGAAUUACAACCAACAGAGAGAGCUCAUAGAUUGACUGUGAUGUUGGCAAACGUCGCUAACAUGAUUCAACGAGUAAUACAGGAACGCUAUAUGGAUGCGUCUUCAUUGGCAUUGUGGUUAGCAAAUGGUUCAGAAUUAUUACAUAUGUUGAAAAACGAUCGUCAUGUAGGAGCAUUUUCGACAAGGGCACAGGAUAUUUUGACAGAAGCAGUUCAUACAGCUUUUGCAUCGCUAGUUCGUUGCAUUUCCUUAGAACUAGCGCCGGCAAUGUCACAAUUUAUGGCUGAUGCAGAUGAACCUGCCAAAGAAGCUAGUGUUCUCCAAAUAUUUUCGAGUACGAUGGCAUUACUCAGACGAUGUAGAGUAAAUGCUGCGCUCACGAUUCAACUUUUUAGUCACUUAUUUCAUACAAUAAAUGCAACUACAUUUAAUGCAUUGGUUUCAAACGCAAACUUAUGUGUUAGAUGGUUCGGUCGUAGAUUAAAGGCAAGAUUGAACGCUCUUGAAACUUGGGCUGAGAGGCAAGGUUUAGAACUUGCGAGUCAAUGUCACUUAGCAACAAUUAUGCAAGCGACUCAUCUUUUACAAGCACCAAAAUAUAAUGCAGAGGAACUUGCUACUUUAAGUUCCACUUGUUUCAAGUUGAAUUCUCUUCAAGUUCGAGCAUUGUUACAAAAAUAUCAACCAGCUGCUGAUGAGCCAAGACUUCCGGCAGAAUUGAUCGAAAAUGUAGUCAGAGUAGCAGAAAGUGUGGCUGAUACUUUAGCACGUGCUGAUGGUAGAGAGAUUCGACUUGAAGAAGAACCUACACUCGCAUUGGCACUUUUACUUCCCGAAGAUGGAUACAGUUGCGAAGUUAUUCGCGGUGUGCCUCCAGGAUUAGCAGAAUUUUUAGCGCCAUUACAACGAGAUGGUCUUUGUCGUAUGGCAUCACAACCCACUAGUAGUGGAUACUGGACUAUAUAUAUGAUAGAUCAUCAUAAUAAUUUUCGCAGUCCAAGUGCAAUGAGUAAUAGAUCUGGAGGAUACUCUUGUCAUACAGGUUCGAAUAUUGUUCAGCCUGAAAUACAUAUAAUAAAAUUACAUAAAUCUACCAAUGGAAUGGGUUUAAGUAUCGUUGCGGCAAAGGGUGCUGGUCAAGAUAGACUUGGAAUAUAUAUAAAGAGCGUAGUUGCUGGUGGUGCUGCUGAUGCUGAUGGUAGAUUGACUGCUGGUGAUCAAUUGCUAAAAGUGGAUGGGCAAAGUUUAGUAGGAAUUACUCAAGAAAAGGCUGCUGAAUAUUUAGUACGUACUGGUCCAAUAGUCACACUUGAAGUUGCUAAACAGGGUGCUAUAUACCAUGGUUUAGCUACUUUAUUGUCGCAACCAUCACCAGUAAUGAACAGAGCAUACAAGAUUCGACCCAAGUCCGAAAACUUGGAAGCUUCAACGGCGCAAGAAAUAAACGAGCAAUCAUCUACAUCACAUUCAAUGGGUAAUUUGUUGAAUGUUCCAAGACACGCGAUUGAUUUGGAACGUUCAAUCGAUUCAAUAUCAGACUCAAACUCGGAUUCUUCGGCUACAGUAAACAUCAAAUGUAAUAGUUUUUCUCUCGAUUCAAUACCCUAUAUCGAUCAAGUCGAUGAAAUAUCAUCAGUUCCAUUUUCAAGCAAUCAAUUCGAUAAAUACCAAUUGGAAAAUAAUAACCGCGUUGUGAUCAAACGCUAUAAUUCACAAUUAAUCAAUGAAGAAGGACAAAUUACAAAUAGACACGAACGAGGAGAAGCAUCUUCAUAUAAACAAGAAAAAUAUAUAAGAACAAAUAAACAGGCAAACAAAUAUAAUAUGGUGAAACAACAGGAAAGAAAUAAUGAAACAAGAGAAAAAAAAAUAAAAGAUAUCUUGUUAUCGCCGUAUGUUAUAUUAAAUAACAAUGACGAUCUCGAAAUAUUUACAAUUCCAAAAGCAAAGGCUGAUAUAUUUAAUAUUAUUCCAGUAUUGAAUCUUGAUUUGUCUGGUCUAGAUAAUAAUACAACAUGUGAUGUCUCGAAUUUUAAUAAAUGUUGGAAAUCACCAGAAGAGGUACGCCUUAGUUGCAGCGGUCGCGUAGCAAUCUUAGCUAAAUAUUUUUUGAAACUUGGUGACAUUGAAUCGAUCGAUCAUCGAUUUAAUUCGAUGAAAUUAGACAAUUUAAAGAAAUUUUCUUCAGAACCUAAUUUUGCUUCGAUUAAGAAGUAUCAAACUCAAUCAAAUUAUUUUUCUGUUAUUGAUGAUAAUAGUAAAUUUCGAUCCGAAUUAGAUUUAAGAAAUAAUAAAAUUAAUCAGCAAUACGGUUUACGAGAUGAAUUAAAUAAAAUAUUCAAAAAUUCAAUAAUAAAUUUGUUAAAUAAGAAUGAUAGUAAUAGUAAUAAUUAUUACGAUAAUUCAUAUAUGUAUAAUGAAAUAUCUAUAAAUGAUAAACGGAAGUUAUCAUUAUCGGAACAAAAACAUAUGAUAGAUCAGUUGAAAGAAAUAUGUAAUCUCGAUUAUAUGAAAGCAUCAUCUCUUCCUCAAUGUUCUUCUUUACAUUUUUCAUAUACAUCAAAUAAGAAUAUGAACAUUAUAUCUUCAAACAAUAUAAUUCUUGAUAAAGAUAUGAAUAAGGAUAUGAAUGAAAUGUUAUCUUCGUGUGAUAUAAAUGAAAAGUUAAUAUCAGAAAAUAUUCAAAAGUGUGAUUCAUCAUAUGUAAUAAAUAUUACAAAAAAUUAUAUUCAAAAAAAGAACAUAAAACAACAAUUGUUAUCUAAUGCUAAAUUUAAAUUCAAGCAAUUAUCAAGUUCUUAUCCAAAUAUCGAAAGAAUAGAAGAAUUAUGAUAUAAUGAAAAUAAUCAAUUAAAAGAGAAAAAUAAAAAAUAUCUGUGGUUUAAUUUAAAAAAAUGUGAUUCGAUUCAUGAAUUAAAACAAAUCAAUGAUCAUAUAUUAUCAUUUCCUACUAAUAAACAGUACUUUCAAUCUUGGAAUAAGAAUUUUUUGCAAAAUGAUAAUAAUAUAAAUUAUGAAGAAAUACUUUGCAAACAAAAUUUCAUCGUUCAAGAUAAAUUUCAACAAAAUUCAAUGUCAUUUAUUAAAGAAAAUAAUCAUUCUAAUAUUUUACUAAUUCAAAUUAAAGAAAAUCGAAAAAGCAGCAUGAUCAAUGAUCAGCAAAUUCCAAUUUUGAUUGAAAAAAAAAUUCAUACUAAUAAUACGACCAACUUAAUGCUCCACCAGGAUUGGAAAAUUUAUCCAAGAUUAAAUCGAACUCAUCUAAAUCUUGAUUUCUUUUUACGACCUCGUCGCAUGAGCGAACGAGAUUUACCCUCUAGACUUGGACGCGAUACAACUGCACCUCAACAACAAAUGCAUACUAGCAAAUCCGUACCAGCAUUACACAAUGUAGGAACAGAUGGAAAACAACAGCAUGAAGUAUUCAAUCCUGGUUAUAGUAGAGCAUCUUCAAGUAAUAGCGUUACACCACCAGUUACGCAGCCACCUCCACCAAUGGCCACAAUCAACAGUGCGACAUCAUUACGUUCUCGUUCGAGUCAUAACUUGCAUGAUUCAACAAGAAUCGGAACUUUAUCAUCGAAUGGUCUUGUAACUAGACAACAAUCGUCACCAAAUUUGAAUCCUGAUACAUCGAGUCACAAUGAUACAAAUGUGAAUAGUGGAACAAAUUCAAACAUUCUUCAAGGUAAUGAAGCUGAAAGAUUUUAUCAAAACUUGAGUAUCUAUCGUAAUCAAGAUGCAACAAAACAGCAUAAUCCAUCUCAACAUUUAGAUGAUAGAACUCCUCUUCAAUUACAAAAGAACUUCAAAGGUUCGCAAAAUUCUUUAAAUCGUCCGGGAGUGUUUGAUAUGAAUCAAACCAGAGAUCGUCCAAUAUCUUCAUAUGUACCUCAAUCUCAACAACAAUCUUAUAUUGACAAUACUGGUCAAUCGCAACAACAAGCUUGCACAGCACCUCCAAGAUCUCAAUCAUCUCGAGAUAUAAUACGUCAAGAAGCGAAACUUCAAGAAAUGCAAGAAGAAGUUAGAAGACGCGAGUUACGAGGUGGCAUUCCAGUUCCAUUGAAUCAAUACCGACCACCUACUUACAAUUUAAACAAUACAUCUGUUCAAUCAUCGAUCAGUUCUGUUAUUCGACCAACAAAACCUAUUGGUUCACAACCAAAUUUGGGAUCAAGUCCACCAAUAACAAUAUCCACAUCAUCAGUUUCAACAUCCAGACAAACCGGUCCUUCGAGUUAUAGUUAUUUGGAUGCACAAUAUGGUUCAUACAUGGUUCAAUAUGGAAAAUCUUCGCAUAUUCAUCAACAUCAACAUCAAUCUCAACCUCAAUCUCAACAUCAACAUCCACAUCAACAUCAGCUACAGCUUCAGCAUCAAUAUCAACAUCAGCAUCAACACCAACAUCAACAUCAACAUAACAAUAUGCAAAAUUUUGGACAUAUGCAAUAUGGACAUGUUGGUAUGAUAUCAUCAAAAGGAAAAAAUGAUUUAACUCGUAUGCAAUCAAAUGGGACAUUACACGAUUAUGGAAGAGAUCAAAAUAUUCGCGACAUUGGAAAAUUAUAUACAGACCAGAAUCAACAUGUUGCUGGAUCGCAGUAUUGUUUAAAUAGUAAUCCAGAGAUACAAAAUGAACUCUAUAAUGAUGAAAAUGUAAUAAAUAGAAUGCAAACUGCACCGGAAGGAACUUCAAUUUCAAAUGAAAUUCCUAUACGACCUGUUUUACCAGAAGAAGGAUUUACCGAAAGUUCUCCACCUCCACCGCCAAGUACUUCGACUCAUCCUCUUUAUAAACAAUCGGAUUCAAGAUAUACUGCAAGUAUGCAAGAUCCUCCACGUGGAGGAUAUUAUCCAGCAAAUACAACAGGUACUACAUUACAGCCACGUCAAUAUCAAUACAGUGCUUCGAAUCCAUGGCAACGAGAAGAGAAAGAGAGAGAACAGGCACGUAGAAGAGAAGCUGCAAGACAAUGGCGAGAUCAACAAAUAGCGGAAUUGAGUGCAUUAUCUCAUAGAACAUCGCAGCAAGAGGAACAAUUGCGAGCUCUUCAAUUGGAAAGAGAUUUUCAAAAAAGAGCCGAAGAAAUAGCCAAUCAACAAGAUGAUGAUGAAGAAAGUAAUGAUUUAGAUACGGAAAAUAUAAGAGUUCAGCAAUCUUUGUUUCAAACAACAAUGAUGCAAGAUCGAAAUAAUUCAUUAGAACAACAUCAUUCCAAUUUAUCGAGGACUAAUGUAACAAACCAAUCCUCUAAAGGAAGUCAUUUUUCUCGAUCUCUCGGUGGAUCUCCAAUGCAUUCCAUGAAUGUUGUAACUACACACGGAAAUAAUACUCUUCAACAAUGUUCACAAAAUAUUACAACUACUUGUUUGCAGCAACAACAGCAACAACAGCAACAACAAGAUUCUGGUUCGCUUUUAUCUUCAGAUUUUCAGCAUCAACAUACUAAUCAAAUGCAAAACAACAUGGGACAAAUUUCAAUGCCAUCUUUAAUUCAUUUGACUUCUUCUCAAAAAUCUCUUGGUUUGUCUCAAUCCAAUGAAGAAAAAGAAAUGCACCGUAGACAUGAGGAGAUUAAACGAAAACAAAUAGAUUUUGAUGAUACUCAAUUGAAAAAAGAGGAAGAAACUAAUAAACAACAACAAAUGUAUCAACAGCAAUAUCAUUCUCAACAAUCGCAAUCCCAUCUUAAAACUCAACAAUUAUUGCAUUCUAAUAUGUUGCGAUUGGAUAGUUUAAUUAUUAAUGGAUCAAACGCGUCUCCUACACAAAAUGGUGUCAAUGAUGCGCCUCUGCCUCCAGAACGAGGUUCUAGUUUUGCGGUUAUGUCGCAGCAAAGUACGCUCAGAUCAAAUAAUGCAAACAUAUCAAAUAUAAUAUUAGCAUCUCAACCGCAAGCAACAUCCGUUAAAAGAGUCUCAUUUCAUGAUUCAAAUGCGAAUGUAGAAUCUAUACGAAAUAUCUCAUCUGGAAAUUUGAGCACGAAUCAAACUAUGACUAUGGAUGCCAUUACAGAAGAUCCAAAUAAUUUCAUAAAUGAUGCAGAAAUUUUAUUGGCAUCUCCAAAAACACCCGAAGGAUCUGGUGGAACUUCGAUUACUGGUAGCACACCUGGAGUUAUAGGUGCUCAAGAAGUGUACAAAGAUCCCAGACAAAAAAGACUCGCGGAAAAACAAAAACAGCAGCAAAGUUCUCAAGUUGGGCAAGUACCUGAAAAGCUCAGUUUUAAAGAAAAAAUGAAAAUGUUUGCAAUGGAAACCGGUGAAGAUGGAACUCCACGGGAUAAAGUAAAAAUUUCACGUGCACAGCGUGAAAUAGAUAAUAUUGGAAAUCCCGCAUUGAAUAGCAACUAUUACAAUAACAGUAAUAAUAGCAUUAGCACCAGUAAUAAUAACCAAAAUAAUAACAACAACGGCAAUAAUAUCAACAACAAUAGCAAUCGACAUCAAUAGAAAUUAAGACUGAAAAUUGAGAUUUAUUUUUUUUAAAAUCAUAUAUGGAUCAGAUAAAAUUGCGAUGCAUCUGAUACCAAACUGUUAUUAUACCAUA